AUGAAAGAUAAUAUGAUUUUGAUUUGGUGCAAGAGUUUCUCUGUAGCCUCUCGUUUCUUUCCCGUAGCGUUGUGUCGAAUAUUGCCGUUCAGUGGUGCUGAUUGUGGUUUCCUGCUCCCUAGUUCGGAGUUUCAGCUGCUGAUAACCGAUCCUGCUACACGUUCCGUCGAAUCCAGCCAACUUCUCUUCUGUUCUGUUAAUGCUAGAUAUGGUCGAAUCAAGCUGAAGACACAUCGAGGAAUCAUCGAGAUUCUAUCUUGA